AAAGGCCCGGACCAGCUCGCAGCUUGUCAAUUUCAACAUCGGGUCACAUGACCAGCGCCUCCCUGCUAAGGAUGGGGAUAGAUUUCCACGUCAGCUUACGUCUCCAAAUUUCUACUUCACGGAUCCGCUUCAAAGAGGCAGCUGCAGUGGAGAAUCAUGUUAAGCUCGGCUACUGCGGAGAGCCCAAGGUAGCCCAAUGAUGGAUUUUGAUGAGCGUGGUCCCUGCUCCUCUAACAUGUAUUUGCCAAGUUGUACUUACUACGUCUCGGGUCCAGAUUUCUCCAGCCUCCCUUCUUUUCUGCCCCAGACCCCGUCUUCGCGCCCAAUGACAUACUCCUACUCUUCCAACCUGCCCCAGGUCCAACCCGUACGCGAAGUGACCUUCAGAGAGUACGCCAUUGAGCCCGCCACUAAAUGGCACCCCCGCGGCAAUCUGGCUCACUGCUACUCCGCGGAGGAGCUCGUGCACAGAGACUGCCUGCAGGCGCCCAGCGCGGCCGGCGUGCCUGGCGACGUGCUGGCCAAGAGCUCGGCCAACGUCUACCACCACCCCACCCCCGCCGUCUCGUCCAAUUUCUAUAGCACCGUGGGCAGGAACGGCGUUCUGCCACAGGCUUUCGACCAGUUUUUCGAGACGGCCUACGGCACCCCGGAAAACCUCGCCUCCUCCGACUACCCCGGGGACAAGAGCGCCGAGAAAGGGCCCCCGGCGGCCGCAGCGACCUCCGCGGCGGCGGCGGCGGCGGCGGCGGCGGCGGCAGCGGCAGCGGCCACGGGCACGGGCACGCCGGCAACUUCAAGUUCGGACGGCGGCGGCGGCGGCGGCGGCGGCUGCCGGGAGGCGGCGGCGGCAGCGGCGGAGGAGAAGGAGCGGCGACGGCGCCCUGACAGCAGCAGCAGCCCCGAGUCGUCUUCCGGCCACACUGAGGACAAGGCCAGCGGCUCCAGUGGCCAACGCACCAGAAAAAAGCGCUGCCCCUAUACCAAGUACCAGAUCCGGGAGCUGGAGCGGGAAUUCUUCUUCAGUGUGUACAUCAACAAAGAGAAGCGCCUGCAGCUGUCUCGCAUGCUCAACCUCACUGACCGUCAAGUCAAAAUCUGGUUUCAGAACAGGAGAAUGAAGGAAAAAAAAAUUAACAGAGACCGUUUACAGUACUACUCGGCCAACCCGCUCCUCUAAGGCUCCAGCCUGCUGGAAUUGGGUGGGGGGGUUUCAUACACGUGCGAUUAUAUGCAGAUUUUGCCCUUGACAAGGCCAAGGCACGUGGUGACUUUCGAAGAAAAGAGAGGAGGCUACACGGAGACAGCCUCUAAGGAGGCGGCCCGGGACUCUCUUGGGCAUCUGUGGUUAAGAUUCCUAACAAAAAUUGGAUUUGGAGAGUUGUGCAGCAACUAGAAUAAAUGGUUUGGGACCCCUGGUGGUUCAUUCUUAGAGACUGUGGAGCUUUGGGCUGGGUGUGGUCUCCAUCAGGACUGGGCCCCCUGCCAAGCGCCCUGGAGAACGACCUGGGCCCAGGACCCUCCACGGGGAGCCUGCCCACCCCCAGGACCCCUGCGUCAAGAAGCUAUUCUGUCUUUAAACACAGUUCAGCGUGGGGACAGGAACAGGAGGAAGGGGGGAGGAUUCCUAGAUGUUCCGAGUGGGGCUGCUUUCCAAAGCCAAUGUGAAAGACGGCGGCUGGACUAAAAGGUGACUGUGAGGUGGGAGAGGGCUGCUGAUCCUGGAGGGGGAAGAAAAAGUCUAUUCCAGGUGGCAUUAGCAGCUCUCCACCCCUCCCAGCCACUCGAUGCACUGCCUGAGGCCUGGGCUUCUAGCAGUUGUCUCCUGCAGCCCACCUAGUUUUUCCUACCGGUGAGGGUUUUCUUCCUGGCCUGCCACUCAGGCCUAAAGCCUGGUCACAGAGCAGACCUUUCCCGAGGUGGAAAACAUCAAAAAGCUAAGAGGCCGCAUCCAGGCCGCUGGCCCCAAGAUCUCUGCAGGAAAUGCCUGUGGAGUGCGGCAGCCUGGCAAAGUUUCCACCACACUUAAUUGAGGCUUGGAUUUGCUCAGCGACACAAGUGGGCCGGGCCAGCGGUCCCCAGCUAUGAGGGGCUUGAGUCCCCAAAAUACCCAGUUCUGGCACCGCACUCUGCCCUUCGCCGCCCCAGAACUGAGCUUGGAAGCUUCCGGCGACCUUCCAAGAGCUCAAGGGAGUUUGGAAUUAUUUUAAAAAAUAAAUAUUAUAUUAUAUAUAUAUAUAUAUAUAUUUCCCUGCAGGAACCAAAGCGAAUUUUAAAAGAUGCAACGUAGAGGGGGGAAAAGAUGAUGAAGAGAAUAUUUAAAGGCUCUAUCUGUUUACAGUGUUCCACGAUUAAACUCACUCACUGCUAAAAAUAUUUGAAUGUACGCUUCAUACAGGGAUGGUGUUCAAAAGACUUGUAAAUAAAAGAACCAUAACCUAUUUUGUUUGAAUACUUUUUAAAUGUUGCCAUUCGUUGACUUCCUUGGGGGAUUGGAGGGGCGGGAAGGGUAUUGGGAAUGAUCUUUUUGAUUUCUUGGAAUGUUCGGAAAGCAUAGGGGUAAGCUCUAAGGUAGUCUGGCCCUACAGGCUCUGGGGACCUCAGCUGAGAAAGCCAGGUACCCUCCCAUUGACUCUCCUCUGCCUCCCUGUUUUAAGAAGUGUUUGGUGGCUCUGUUUGUAAUGGGAGUGUUGGCCUGUCCUCCGUUCUCACCCACCACGUAUGUCGCAGCAUGUACACAGGCGACAGGGCACAAGGAAAAUAAAGACUGUGGAAACU